GCCUCCCCCUCCGCCGCCGCCGCCGCCGUUGAGCCGCGGGCCAAAAACAAGCGAUUUGGCAACAAUCCUGACCAAAAACUAGCGAUUUGGCAACAAUCCUGAGUACCACCAGCAGACUAAGCUAGAAAUGAUUGAGACAGUAUUCGGACAUAUAUGGGUCUACAGAAAAACUAAGUUGAUGCUGAAUCAAUACUGAUGUAGUUCCAGUUUGUAAUGCACAAUCUUUGCCGUUGAAACAUUAGCUUAUAUAACUCAUAGAAAGAAGUACAUGUAAAUUUUGCAUGGUUUGUGUCAUCUUAAGCCUCAAGAGGCUUUUGGAGCUUUUAGCAGUGAGAACUCACAACCUUUUUUUAAUUACUUCUGUUUUAAUAACAUGUGUUUAUUCAGGAAACUUCUUUUCCAGUGGAGCAUUUUACUUCUCCUAACAAAGGAUCAUUAUCCUCUUACAUGAUGUCCCUUCUGCCAACCUCAAUUUCGGGACAUGAGAGGACUUCACCGAGUUCAAUGAAUAUGAAACCGCUACCUCCUGAAUCACUUCCUAAACGAUGGAGAGGGAAUGAUUUCUUGUGGUGUGAUCAGCCACUGGAAUUGAGUGAGGAAUCUGGUUAUGAAAGUGAGGGAGAGAAAAGGAAUGGAAAUUCUGAUAACGAGCAGCAAAUCCUGCAGUCAUACAGGUCCAGGGAUAACUCAAAUGGAAAUGAAGAAACAUCAACAUCAGACUGCAUAGACUCUCUUUGUUAUUUAACUGAAAAGUCUAGAUUCGUGUCUCCAAAAUUGUUUGGAUUUUUUCAGUCUUCUCUCCCUGGGACCUUAAGGGGAUGUCACUGGGUAUUGCUUUAUAGCACUUGGAAGCAUGGAAUAUCUCUAAGAACACUUUUUCGUAGAAGUGAAAAUCUCCAGGGUCCAUGCCUAUUGAUUGUCGGAGACAUGCAGGGGGCUGUGUUUGGUGGCUUGUUAAAUGGCCCUCUUAGGCCUACAGAGAAAAGAAAGUAUCAGGGAACUAAUCAGACAUUUGUAUUCACAACGAUUUCCGGUGAACCUAGGCUUUUCAGACCAACUGGCGCCAACAGGUACUACUACUUAUGCUUGAAUAAUUGUCUGGCGUUUGGAGGUGGUGGGAAUUUUGCAUUGUGCCUCGAUGAAGAUUUGUUACAUGGAACCAGUGGAUUAUGUGAAACAUUUGGGAACUCGUGCUUGGCUCAUAGUCCAGAUUUUGAGCUGAAAAAUGUUGAGCCUGAGCAUCGUCUUCCUCGUUGCCAUCUGCACCUGCUCCGGCUGCACCGGCAGCGGCAGGCAAGGGAGGACGCAGACAACGUGACGGCAUUCCAGGGGGCAGCUCCAGCAGCUAUUUCACCUCCACGACGCCGGCGUGGACCAAGCCUUCAUCGACGCAAGGUCCCGUUUGACUGCGUCAUCUGCCUGCGUGAGUUCAUCGGUGGACAGAGAUAUGGGAAAACUGAGGAUCGGAGGAAGAAGAUGAAUCUGACGGGUGGGUCCCACGUGCAGAUGGGAAAGAAGAUAUAAAACAUGACGGCGAUGGCACGUGUCUAAUUUUGUAAAAUUUGAAUGGCACGGUUACGAAUAAACGAAUUGUAAUGGCAUUUAUCUAGUUGCAAUGACAGAUCAAAUUAACCCUAUUAUGAACACCACAACCUUUUACAAAUAUACGUAGAAUUCUAGUACAAAAUAAAAACAGUUAAUGGUGAUUGUGGUUGAGUUUAGAUGUGUUGUUUCAGUGGAGGUUGAUCAGCAUGCGUUUCUUCUCUUUUCUUCAUUUUCAGUGGAGGUUGAUCAUCAUGCG